CGCGCUCUCGCUCGCAGGCUCGCGCUGAGGAAAACGUUGCGCAGGUUCAUAAAUGGAACGUCGGCGGCGUGAGGGAGCGCGAGGGGGUGUGCGCGCGUGCGCGUGCGCGUGCGCGCCCGGGCGAGGGUGACGGGGUCCCGGCCGGCCCGAGCAUCGCGCGCCGCAACCGCGGCCCCGCAGCUCCGCCCCCGGCCUGGCCCGGCCCCGGGCCCGCUCGUCCACCGCCCCCCAUGGAGCUGUCAGCCAUCGGCGAGCAGGUGUUCGCUGUGGAGAGCAUCCGGAAGAAGCGCGUGCGGAAGGGCAAAGUCGAAUAUCUGGUGAAGUGGAAAGGAUGGCCCCCAAAGUACAGCACGUGGGAGCCAGAAGAGCACAUCCUAGACCCCCGCCUGGUCAUGGCCUAUGAGGAGAAGGAGGAGAGAGACCGAGCGUCGGGGUAUAGGAAGAGAGGUCCGAAACCCAAGCGGCUCCUGCUGCAGCGGCUGUACAGCAUGGACCUGCGGAGCUCCCACAAGGCCAAGGGCAAGGAGAAGCUCUGCUUCUCCCUGACGCGCCCACUCGGCAGCGGGAGCCCCGAGGGGGUGGUGAAGGCGGGGGCGCCUGAGCUGGUGGACAAGGGCCCCUUGGUGCCCGCCCUGCCUUUUCCGCUCCGCAAGCCGCGCAAGGCCCACAAGUACCUGCGGCUUUCACGCAAGAAGUUCCCGCCCCGCGGGCCCAACCUGGAGAGUCACAGCCAUCCACGGGAGCUCUUCCUGCAGGAGUCGCCGGCCCCGGACACCCUGCAGGCAGCCAGCGAGUGGGAGCCUGCUGAGCAGCCCCCUGGAGAGGAGGCAGAUGCAGACCUGGCCGAGGGGCCCCCUCCCUGGACACCUGUGCUCCCCACAAGUGAAGUGACAGUGACUGAUAUCACCGCCAACUCCAUCACCGUCACCUUCCGCGAGGCCCAGGCGGCUGAGGGCUUCUUCCGAGACCGCAGCGGGAAGUUCUGAAUCACCGUUUUUACUUUUCUUAAACUGUUUUCUUUUGGGCUUGGGGUGGGGACUUCCAGAGAUGGGGCGGGAUUGGGGUGGGGUAAUUAUUUUAUUUAACAAUAUGGAACAGGACAAGGGAGGAAGAUCCCAACGCUCUCCCAUCGCCCUGCCCCUUCUCUGCCGGGAUGUUUACAGGGAGGCCUGCGGGCCUCUGUCUGGCCAGGAGGCAGGGAGGCCCGGCACCGCCCUGUCGGUUUGGCUGCCAUCUCCAGGGCAGAAUGGGACAAGGCCACCAGCCCUCGGACACCUCCGUCACCGUUCUUCUCUAGAGACACAGCAGCUGGUCCUCGGAACUGCAGGAGGAUGGAAAGGCCCAGGCCCGCCUCCUUGAGCAGCCCACCCCAGCCUUUCUGGUUGACUUUCCUUUUCCUUUCUCUUCAGGGGGAGGGGUCUUUAUUUUUAACUUUGCACUCCAGCUCGCAGUGCCAUUGGAGGUUCCCUUUGUCCAGCGUGAGGGGCAGAGGGAAGGGGCAGGGGGGAGAGUUAGAGGUUGCUGCAGUGUGUCCUGUGUGUCCGAUACCCUUCAGAGAGGUCUCUCCGUUUCCCUGAGGGCGGCUGCCAGCAGAGCUCCUUCUGCUGAGAGCUCCCCUCGUCCCCCACCGCCGGCCCGGGAGGAACGUGUGCGUGCGCCCCGAGCCGCGCAGGCAUGUGCUGCACACGGCCCCUCCUGCCCUAGUGAGCGCCUGCGUGUGACUGCAGACAUGUGUAGGGGGUGUUGCAAAUCUCAUGUUUGGAAACCCUGGUCAGGUGAACGCGGGGUGAUUCACAGCAUAGAAGAAAUUGCCACAAGCACCCCACACUCACCCACCUGGCACGGGCCAUCACGUGACAGAAUCCAGCCCAGCUCUGUUUGCUAGAAGCUGUCGGCAGGGCUCCAGCCAUGGCGAGAUGGCUGCUGCCGCUCCAGGCACACAGGUGUGGUUUUGUGGUUUCGCCUGGCCAUUCGCAGGUGUGUAAACAUCGGUGCGGAUGGGCCCUGCAUAGCAUGGCUCUGAGGCUCUCGGCUCCUGUGCUUCCUCCUGAGGGGCUUGUUCUCUCUGACUCAGGUGACUUCUCAGCCCUUCCCACUGCCCUCUUUUUCUGCCUCCUCUUCCAGCUCAGCCAAUGGUGGGUGUGGGUGUGGAUGGUCCAGGAGGAAGGGAGUGUCCCACCACCUUCUCAGGGCAGCCUCAACUCCCUAACCCUUCCUUCUCACAUCCUGUGCCCCCCCCCACCCCGCCACCCACCCUGCAGGCCAAAGCUGGCCUUGUUUCCCUGUGGGGGCCUCUGCCAUGUCUUCCUGUGGUCAAGCUGCAGUGGGUAGUGGUCAGGCUGUUCACAAGCCCCGCCCCACCUACCCGGCAAGGGACUGUGUCUGUCAGGAGAAUGGAGCGCUCGUUUUUUCCAGUUUGUACAAAUGUGCCCUGUGGAUUAGUGGCUUCCCUGCAGUGAGGAGUGACUUCUUCCCUAUCCUGACCCUUGGGGGAGGGGUGCACCAGGAGAGCACAUAUAACCCUGACUUCCGCCACCCUCCGCUGUUGCCCCCGCCCUCCACCUCCAGGGCUGGCUCUCCACCCCGCUGUGUGCUGUGUCGUGAGGCAAGGCUAGGGCGAGCCCUCCCCCAGGCCCCUUCUACCCGAUUUCCCAAACCAAAGACAGACUGUACCCCGCUUCUGUUUGGGGUGCCCCGCUGGCAAGCUUCUCAAGUCCCUGGUCUCCUCUCCCUCCUCAAUCCUUUGUUGUCCAGGGUCAAUUCAGUGCUUCCAUUGAGGGACAGUCCCCUCAGGGGUGACUUGAUUCACCCCCAGCCUGGGGAGUUGAAUCUUGAGGAGCAAGUGGGGAUGGGUCAGGGAAAGGGGGGGCAGCUGCGGGACCCCUGGGAGGGGAAUGGCCCCUGGAGCUGGGGACUCACCCAGGACAAGGGCUCCCAGCGGAGGUCACUGAAUGCUGCCGUCUCAUGGCUUUGGGACAUGGCUAGCCAUUCCCCAGGAGACACGGGACCUGUUCCUGCCUCAUGGGCACUUUCAAAGAGCUAUUUGUGCAAUUCGUAGGGUCGGGGGUUUGGGGAGCCUUUUGUGGGAUGAGGCAGCUGUUCUGUGGGUAGCAACAGAACAUGCCUCCUACUCUGCUCUUUGCGGCCCAUGGGCGCCCUGUGUCUCAGGGAGACCUGAAGCCUGCAGGAGCCAGCUCCCUGGGGAAAGGGCUGCGGCCUCUGAGGACCUCUCCCCCUCCCCCGCCUCCAGGACAGAGACCUCUGUGAGGGGUCAAGUGUGGCCUUGCAGGUCCCCUCCCAGCCCUGAGUGUCCCAGCUGGGCUGGGGCCCGGCCUGAGCAGAGCACAGCGGACCCUGACCUCCCUCCCUACCCCACCGCCACCCGGAAGGCCAGUACUCGAGAGGGUGGGGGCUUAGAAAGAUUGGACCACCUGCCUGUCCUUCCCCCAGCCCCCACCCAUUUGAAUGUAGGAAGACUGGUCGGUACUUUUGUUUUGCUGUGGGAUUGGACAGGGAGAAUGUUCUCCACCCUGGCAAGGCCGCUCGUAAGGCAGCGGCCGAGCUCUGUCGGGCAACCCACGAUCACCGCCCCAUGGAACCUAUUGCCCACUCUCUCCUCCUCUCCUGCCGGCAGAAGGCACUACGCUUCAGUUAGGUGGUGGAGCCUUUGCUGUGUACACGGCCGGCCCGGCCUCCAGGUCUCAGCACAAGAACGCUUCCUUUGCACAGAGUGAGCAGUGAGCUUUGUCCAGACGAAAUGAAUGUACGGGGAGGGGUUGGGCAUGCGUUGAAGCCCAGCACAUGCCUGUUCUGAGAGGGUGUGUGCUGGGGAGAGCCAGAGUGGAUGCAGAGCUUGGUUUUAUUUUUGUACUGAUAUUGGUAAGAGAAUGUAUAGCAUCUAUUUAUUUAGAUGAUUUAUCUGGUAAAUACGGCAAAAAAUUGUUAAAAAUACAUUAAAGAUGAUUUUAAAAAAAAAGUCCAUGGGCAUUCAG